AUGCCUCCCAGGAAAACGAAAGGUGGAGGAAAGAAAGCAGCGUCAGGAGGAGACGAAGGUGGAUCGCACCUGCACCUGGAUCAAAGGCCGAUAGAACCUACUGGUCAGAAGAAAGACAUCGGGAAAGAGACGCAGAAAUUGGACGCACAGGUUGCGAAAUGCAAAGCUGGCGUUGCAUGGGUGAAUUUGCUGGAUAUCGCAGACACCCUGAAAUUCGGGGUGUACAACGAUCGACCUGAAAAAGACGAGGAAACGAACAAAUUAGUUACGUCCUUCAAGACGUUGGGUAUCACACCGAUGAAAGACACGGCAGCAAUCCCAAUCAUCGUGGAUAUGAAACGCGUAGAGAACAAGGACUCACUGUUGAAGAAUUUCGACGAACCGGAGAAGGUUAGCGAACUGAAGAUGAAGGACAAGAAUCAUAUCGUUGUCGCGUCGGGCCAGCAUCGUCUUUCGGCACUCAAGCGAUACACGCAGUCCUUGCGCGACGAAGUCGAAAUGUUCGACAAGAAGCGAAACAAGAUCAUGGGCAUGUCGAAACUAACGCCAGAAAACGUUCAGCAGCACAACGAGUACCGGGCACAACAAUGCGACAUACUUGAUAUCCUCCACAACAUCGGCCAGUGGGGGGUGAUCGUGUACGAUCAAGGCAAAUUGCUUGCGGAUGGGGAUGAGUUGGCCAACCAUCUGAGUAGGAAUAGUACCUUGCACGAAUACAAGGAGACGGAUGAGGAGUCGCUCGUCAGGGCGUUGAAAAAGAUCAAGGUCGUGUACGACACAUCGCCUGAGAACAAACGCGAUACCCUGGCGACAAACAUGCUUAGUGAGAUUCGCGCCACGGCAGACAAAAACUCACGUCUGCAGAAGGUCCUGCAUCACGACAGACUGUGUAUGUUUCUCGCUACGCGACUCCUGACAUUGGGACGGCACGUCAGACAUCGACAGGAGUUUUCGGUGACAUGGCUAUCAAAGUCCAUCGAUGUUUGCAUUGGAAUAUAUAUGUCCUGGUGUGAAAUCCGCCUGGGCACUUUGAGGAAAUUAGGCUCGGAAGAUGAAUUUGCGAGUUACGAGACCGUGAUGAAGCUGCUUGACAAAGCCGAAGGAGGAAACGAGGAGGCUAAGAAACAAACGAAGGCAGUUACCAAUGGCUGCGACAUGGCCAUAUGGGCCCAAGUCCUCGAGGCCAUGGACAAACACGCGAACGACGCGUUUAGCGAAAUAAAGGACCAGAUUGGAGAGAUGUCGCCGAAGUACAUCAUGCAUUUAAGUUCCUAUCGGUCCAAAGUCAUCAAAACGCUGCGGGACACGUGGCAUCUAACGUCCAACGCCAAUAUCAAGAAUAAUCAAAUUUUAACGCACCUUGACAGCAUCGUCGCACGCGUUGCGCUUCACCUCACGCCUCAAGAAGGCAAAACAGAAGCUCCAGAGCCGUUGCUGGGAGGCUUCAUGAUGACAUACGCUUGGGCGUCGUUCACGAAGAUAGAGGAAGGUAUCGGAGAGGUCUGUCGAUGGUUCGAGGCGCUCAUCGACUAUUAUCGUCCGUUGCACCCCAAGACCCACACGAUGGACGAUUGGUCGAGCGUGAUGUUAGCGAACAUCGCGAAAGAUCCGCGAUUCGCUGACCACGGACAUAACAACCCCAGAGAGGUCACCAAAAUUAUUUGGACUCACAGACGUACCUUGAUGAUGCGGUUGAACAACUGUAUCGUGAACGACAAGCACAAGCUUCCGCCAAGACCGAAAGAGAAGAAAGAAGUCGAGGCCGAAUACUUCAAGUUACCUGAGGCUGAGACCCUCGCGAGUGAGGCACUCGGCAAAUUUCUUGUCUCGAAAAGGACGAAGAACGGUCCCAAAAACCGUAACUUGGCUAUGGAAGCCCACGUCAUUGCAGGCAUGAUGGCCCUGCACACGACCGGUUGGGAUUGGCUGAGCCCGGCGCUCAAAAACGGUCCCAGAGACAUCGAGCCCUGCUACCGUCCGAAGCUCUUGCGUGACAAGUAUGUCGGGGCGCUUCGUCGGCUGAUCGAGCAGGCACUGUCUUCUCGCCUUGAAAAGGAAUGGGUUUGGUGGGAUGGACUAAAGCUUGGCGAGUCCCAGCUGGACCCCAAGGAAGUCCUCAAGACCAUCGAAGGCAAGGCCGUCGUCGAGCAGCAACAGACGCGUGACCGUCUUCUUCUUGAGGACAAAGACCGUGAUGCUCUCAACAAAUUCGUGAGUCAUGUGAUGAGCAUGUCGUGCGUUCGCUCCGGUACCAGCCCACACUCGCUGCUGUCCGCUGAUGUCGCACGUCCCUUGGUAGAAGUCAUUAAAGGAAUAGAGCUCAAUUGUGCAAGACUUCGUUACCGUAUUCUCAACAAUGACCCUACCAAGCCUUUCGAAGUAGAUGUACACAAAGUUGCCCUUGGUAUCGACAUACCAGAGUCGUACGAAGACCCAUUCACCAUGGCAUCGGCAGAUGGCGAAGAAGACGAACCAUUGGAGAAGGAGCCUGCUCCGAAGAAGAAGAAUAAGAAAGGGAAGAGUCGAGCAGUUGACGUCGAGGGUCCUCCUGUCCCGGAGCAAGACAAAGAGCCAACAAAUGCACCUGCACGCUCUGAGUCUCCUCCCGUUCAUCACGUCGACGAUCCUCCUGUUGACACGCAGACCCCCGUUCCUCAGUCCAAGACACUCAAGACUUCGGCUGGUAAGCCCAAACCUCGUCCCGUCCCUCGCAAACAACGUCAACCAUCCCCGCAUGCCUUGGACGACAAUAUCGAAAUCAUCGACGAUUCACUCAACUCUGUGGGUCGCGAUGUUCAAACUAAUGAUGAUGAAUCGGUCACUCCACGUCCACCCGUGCUCACUCUCACCGAACAGACUUCGUCUUCGGAUGGACCUUCUGGUAACACUGAGACUGACCAAGCUCCCGCACAUGCCACCGUCUUACCCACGGCUGGUUCAAUAGUUGCUCCCGAGGCUUCCGCACACGGAACAGUUGCAUCCGCGGACAAUGCACCAGUUCCUCCUCCGUCUUCCGCCGUGGCAACGGUUCCAUCGGAGGAAACCAACAAAGAUCCUGCUGGCAUUCUCACUGGUACCGUCCCAUCCCUCACUCCAUCCCCGUCUGGUCUUCCCCAUGGCUUUGGGACGGAUGAUACCAGUUGGUAUGAUCCAAACGCCGGAGAAGACGACGGAGACCACGACAUGCAAGAUCGUUCCAGCAGCAGCGAGGACGAAAAUGGAGACGAAGAUUCGCGUAGCACUAGUCGCGUGUCAGAUUUUGACGACCCUCGUGAUGCAACGUACGUCCCAACUCAGCCGUUGACUCAAAAGUCCUUGCCCCCUCGUACCAAGGAACCUCGCGGUGUCGUUGCUGCUCCUACUAAACGUUCUCGUGCUGCAACUGGCGCUUCUUCUUCAUCUUCCAUGCAUGGACGUGGCAGACAGCAGAAGAAGAAGUCCAAAGUCACCGUCGAAGAUGAUGAGGAUGAUGAGGAGGAAGGAACUGUCAUCCCGGGCGUUUAG